CUGGACUUAAAUACGCAGGGUGAUGCAUAGUAGGGUGGGGGAAGAUGAGACCCCUUUCUAUUUUCUCGUCUCAUUUGAUACUAAACAACGAAGAUUCGAACAGUUAUGAAACCGUAUCUUCGCAACGCUCAUGGAUCGUUGCUAAUUGUUUAAUUUAAAGCAUGAUCAAGAUAUUUGGAUGUUAUGUUCUAAAGGUUCCCGGCUUCUCCCACCCUGCUAUGAAUUAGUAAACAACAAAUUAACAUUCUUUCGCUGGUUAAAAAGAUUAACAAAUAUUUCGUAAAUAAGAGCCGAUAAACCAAUGCUUUGGGUGGGCCAUCCGAAACUCAAGUGAUCCUCACUUUAAUUAAAAACACUCAUACCGAGUAAUCGAUACACGAAGUAGCGUUUUAAUAAGUUCAGCGCGCAAAGUAUCUCUCGGUAAAUCAACAGGUAUUGAUCGAACCCAGGGCAUAAGUGAUGAUUUAUCAAAAUCUUAAUAAUAAAAGCCAAAUCAAAGCGGAAACGCAUUCCGACGCGCUUUCCUCAUAGCCUACACCAUUUGGUCGGGCGACGAACUGGUCGUACUAAACUUUAACUGCUAUUUGACCCAAAUACCUAUAUAUCGAAUCAUAGAAUAUGGGAGAUCGUGGUCGUCGUUCGUCGUCAUCAGAUUCAUCGAGCAGUUCAGAAGGAAAAAAAUCACCGAAUAGAAACCAACGACUAAACCAAACAAGAAAGUUUCGAAUACCUUCUCAUGCUGAUGCUGUUUUACAGGCGUUGAACCAUCAAAGAACACAAGGAGAAUUUUGUGAUAUAACUGUUCUUGUAGAACACCAACGCUUUAUGGCACACAAGUGUGUUUUAUCUGCGAGCAGUGACUACUUCAAAGGUCUGUUAUCCAGUGAUAACGACGGUGUAUUCCUCCGCCACAUUACUGCUGAAAGUUUUCGGGCUAUUUUAGAUUUCAUGUACACGUCGCAUCUUCAAUUGGAACCGGGUCACGUACAAGACAUUCUAACGGCAGCAAAGUUUCUCCAAGUAAAAGGAGUUGUGUCGAUAUGUUGCAGGUAUCUGGAAUCACAGAUUAAAAAUCUUUCCCGUGACUUAGACGAAUACACGAGCAGACACCGAGACCCACCUUUGCUUUCAAUCGAUGGACAACUCUUUAAAAACAAGGAUGCUUUAUUCCCAUCGCAACCACACAUCACAUAUGACCCUGCGACUGGAACCUUUGCUCCUGAUAUAUCGAUGGUAUCACAACCUGUCAAUCUCUCACAACAGAAACCAAUUUUCCAGUUCCAACCGACAACCCAACAACUACCUACAUACGGCAUCCCCCAACCAGCACAACAAGCAAUACCAGUUGUCCCAAUGACCGGAGCAACAAACCGUCACUCAACUAACGGUAUGCAGCUCGACCCGGCUAUGAGUUACUCUCUCAACGACCCAAAUUUCGCUAGUUGUCCUCCAAUUAUAUCCAACGCACCAGCAAUGAAUCCCAAGUUACAACAACAAUCUUAUAUGUCAAACCAGCUUUCAGUACCGCCAUGGACAAGUUCAAAGUAUACACCUUCGUUCUACCCCUGCCAAAACAUGAAGAGCAGACGUACACCAUUAGAUCCUGGAGUCACCAACCCGUUUAACCAAGUUUCAUCUCACCCUGUCCGUCUUCCACCAAAACCAAGCACCAACAACAAGCCGGCAAAUAAUAUGUUCUCGUCCCAGUCAACUGGUGGCAAAGGACGACGACUUCCCACGCACUCACGCCGCAAGCCAAACCACGCUGCUGUAAGUGACAAGCUAGAAUCUAAACCUAAAUUUCAAAAUCCAAACCUUAAGAAACCGCCGCAAACCGGCGAGAUAGCCUCACAAACUCCUCUUACGAGUAACGUGGUACUUCUGUCUUCAACAAGAGCACCGAAAAGCGCGAAACGACAAACUGCGACGCCCGACACUAUGUUUGAUGUCGAAGCAGAAGACAGAUAUUGGGAUUCUCUGUCAGUCCGAAAAACUUUUAGCAAGACAUAGCUGUCUUGAUUUUGCAUCUAAUUGCUAUACAGCUUUGCUGAUUUGAAUGUAUCACUGCCUUUAUAGUUUAAGCAAUCAAAUUCAUUAUAUCACACUGCUUCAAGUAAAAGAUAGCCAUAUACCCCUUUUCAUGUAUCACAACUUUUAUAGCUUAAGCCGAACCCAUUAUAUUAUACUACCUGAAGUAACAUAUGUGUAGAUUCAGCUAUUUUUUUAUAAUGUUGCCAUCAUAAGUUACUAAGAUGCUUCUUAUUAUAGGCGUCCACUGAUUACGUGCCAACAUGCUAUCGUCGUCGAUGAACGCAUUAAAUGGGGAGCGCAGAACAAGAUUUGAGUCACUGAGAAGAGAUAGGAGUCUUAACCUGCUUGCAAUAGGCGCUAUUAGACUGUACGUAGCGAAGAGUAGGCUACGCUACGAAUGUAGUUGCCAGAAUUGUUGCAUAUAUUUACUAUCUUAAAACAGCUUUUGAAAUUUGAAAAAUCGUUGAUAUCAUAUACAAAGUAAAAUCUGAACAAAUAAUUAAAGUCUUUUUUUUGUUUUGGAAUGGCAAAAAUCAGUGCAUUCCUAGAUAUAAUUUGCCAAGCUACAGCAGAAAAAAAAGCGAAAGGCGAAAAAGUAUUAAAUCACAGCCUACCGAUAUACUAUAGGAAAAUAGAUAUUGACUAAGUGCAAAAUAAAGUCUAGAAUACGUGUGGCCUCAUUGCUCAUAAAAAAGG